GGGGGGGAGGGGAAGGGGGGGUUUCUUACAUUCAUUGUUAUUAAUUAAUUACGACAUAAUUAAUCAUGUCAAAUAUUUUAGCCCCGUUCCAGCUACUGGAGCUUAACAUCAUAUCGGCGCAAGACCUGGCCAAUGUGUCGCGCUCCAUGCGCACCUACGCGGUGGCGUGGGUGCACCCGGACCGGAAGCUCUCGACCCGGGUGGACACCCACGGCGACAACAACCCCACGUGGAACGACAAGUUCGUGUUCCGCGUGGACGAGGAGUUCCUAUUCUCCGACACCUCCGCCGUGAUGAUCGAGAUCUACGCGCUCCACUGGUUCCGGGACGUCCACGUGGGCACGGUCCGUGUCCUGGUGGGCAAUCUUAUACCCACCCCGCCACGGUUCCGAUCCCACCACCACGGCAACAACCAGCCCCAGAUAGGCAUGCGCUUCGUGGCGCUCCAGGUGCGCAGGCCAUCGGGGCGGCCCCAGGGGAUUCUCAACAUUGGCGUGGCGGUGCUCGACAGCUCCAUGCGCAGCAUGCCUCUCUACUCGCACCUCAACGCCGUCGGAUAUCGCCACCUCAUGGGCGAGGAGGACUCCGGCAUUCACCAUGGUACUGGCUCCAAUCAGACGCCUCUCUCCAAGCCAUCUCUCCGGCGCACCAAGAGCGACAACAGCUCCAUGAUUGGCUCCGAGCUUCGCGCCUCAGAACUCCGAGGGGCCCCGAAAAGUAAAAACGGAAAAUCCAGCUCGGUGGUCAACGCGUCCGAAGUGGGGCAUAGGAAGAAGAAAGGACGGUCCAAAGCGAGUUCGUUGAUCAGCGGCUCAGAUGUCGGGAAGGCCAAAAGGUAUAGCAAGAACAAGAAGGCCAGCUCGUUAAUCAGCGGCUCAGAAAUCUCCCGGGACCCAGCGAAGAAGGGUAAAUACGGAAAACCAAGUUCGGUUGUCAGCGGCUCGGAAGUUGCCGAGGACCCACCUCCAAAGAAGGGCGAAAAAAACGGUCGUAAUGGUAAGCCAAGUUCGGUACUGAGCGGCUCGGAGGUUGCGCCGCCGAAAAAGGUGGUGUUGAAUGAAACACCCGUGAUAGAAUCCGAGAUCUGGUCUGAGUCCGAGGUGGAGAAACCGAAAGUGAAGCUGGAGAAAGCGGGUUUGAAUUUAGACUUCGGGGCCCCCAGAAAGGCGACCACGCCCAUACAUCACGCACGUGCGACACCCAAGCACACACGCACCACGCCGGUCCACACUCGUACCACUCCGGUUCACCCUCGCUCCACGCCGGUUCACCCUCGCUCCACGCCGGUUCACCCUCGCUCCACGCCGGUUCAUGCACGAGCCACGCCCUUGCGCACAAAGUCCUUCCACAAAUUCAACGGGUUGUUGGAGUACGGGACGGGGACGCCGAGGAGGUCGGGCGUGGCGGAGUAUGGAGCGACACCGGGGCGGAAGACGGCGAUCCUGACGGAGUCAGAACUGGGCCCGUCACCUUCCGAGGUGGCGGCGGAAAUGGCGAAGGCGCCGCGGGUGGACGAGGAGGGGAGCUCGGUGGUAGGCGGGUGGAGCCUGGAUGAGAGCGUGGAGGGACUGCAGUCGAAGCUGGAGCGGUGGCGAACGGAACUCCCACCAGUGUACGACCGCGGCGAGUUCUCGAGUCUCCGGUCGAGCGAGAACCGCCGCGCGAGGCGCCACUCCGAUAGUGGCAAUGGCUUGUUCUCCUGCUUCAGCAACAUCUGCGGGUGUGAAUGCCAGAUCGUUUGCGGUGGCGGCCCCGGCGGGGGUAGCAAAAAAGGUGAGAGUGGGCGGGUCCGCCGCACUUCUUCGGCCGAUGAUGUGAGCUACCUUUAAACCUGGGAGUUGGGAAUUGAAGGAGCGAGGGAAACGAACAAACGGCUUGGCUUUUGCGAAUGUGCGCUGAGGUGUACAUGCACGGCGGCCGGGGACUACGUUGAAGGAUAAGACCGUACAUAGUGGGGGUGAAUGAGAGGGAAUUUAAUUUUUUUUUAUUUUUUUAUUUUUUGUCAAUUGUCACCAUUUUCUGUCUCAUUUAUUCCAUGGGAGCCCAGAAAAAAACAAAUACAAAAAUUUUUUUUAAAAAAAGAAAAAAGAAAAGAAAAGGUGGAAAUGGAAAUUUACGUUUAUGCCUUUAGAGUACUCAUCUUGGAUUCUUGAUGAACAUUUUCGUAAUUGAAUUAUCAAAUAAUGUGGUGUACGUGUGGGACUUAUCGUUUGCUUUCACUUUAAUCACAUGCCUACACCUUAACUGGCAUAGGCUAAUUAAUAAUAGCUAAAGUGGUAUAGCUCGGCCUAAAUAAUACAAUACAAUGAUUGA